AUGGGUAAAAAAUAUUAUUGUGAUUACUGUGAGAAGACCAUGUCUUCAGCGCCGAUGAUUAUCAAAACUCAUAACAAGGGUAUGGCUCAUCAGAAGUUAGUUGGUGAACAUUACAAGCAGUUCAAAGACGCUAAGACAAUAUUAGAAGAAGAGAGCAAUAAAAAAACAUGCCUUAAAUAUCUUAAAGGGGAAUGUCAGUUUGGUACAAUGUGUAGAUUUUCACAUUACACAAGAGAUGAGUUAUGUCUCCUAAAACAAAUUGUUGAUGCAAAAAAUAAUGAAUCAGUUUCAAACCAACCAUCCUUCAAAGAGCUCUAUGAUAAGCUACAAAGCGAUAAAUGUGAAUAUUUUGAAAAUAAAAAUGCAUUGGUUGACAAGAAUGGUAUAACGCAUAUGUUGCCGUGGAAUUAUAAUGCUGUUUUCGAACAGUAUGGAGAUAAAUUACCGCCUAGUCUUAAAAAAUUUAAAUCCGAUGACUUUAUAAAUACUUUACUGCUGAACUUGCAAAUCGCAAAAAGUACAAAUGCAAUAGAAAAAAUUAUGAAGAAUAAAAAUGGUUAUUUACUCAUUGUAAUGAAUAAUACCGAAAACGAGAAGCCGAUAUCUCGUACAAAUUAUGAUCACUUGGCGAGAAAAGAAAGGAUCAAAUCUUUGAAAUUACUAAAAGAACAUAACGCUAGAGUCCAAGAAAUAAUGGACUUCUUAAAAGAUCACAGAGUAACCACCAUGUAUGUACUAGAUGAGAUAAAUAGAAUUAAAAGAGACCAUCAAGUAAAAGAUGAACUUAGAGAAAUGGUGACGUAUUUAGAGCGACCAGAGAGAGAGGCAGAUAAAGAGUUGGUGCUAUCUCUUUUUAGCGUAAUGAAGAAGGAAAGACAAGAACAGAAUUUCGAUGUAUUCAAAAAAAGACCAAACAGUGGUAUCAUUAAUAUCAUUAAAGAUCCGUUUAAUGACGGAGUUGUGAAGUAA